AUGGAAAAUCUGCAAUCCAUAAUCGAUAUGUUGUGGGAAUUGAAUACCAAGCUUUUAUCCGAGAUUACUGAACUUAGGAAGAAGAAUGUUGAGAUUUCCAAACUUCAAAAAAAGUAUACUGAGGUUGAGGCUAAAUAUGUCAUAGUCAAGGGUAAAAAUAUUGAGAUUAAAGCUGAGAAUAUGAAGUUAAAACAAACUCUAGAAGAACACAAAGGCAGAUUCACAAAACUGGAAUACGAUGUCUCACUAAUCAAGGAGCAAAACUUACAAGACAAGGAUGCUAAUAUUUCUCAGUUACCAUUAGACCAUAAUCAGAAUUCAGAAUUGACUAUGCUUAAUAACUCUAAUAAACUUAACACCAGAGAUUUUAUUGAAUCUGAACAUGAAGUUAUUAUAAAGUUGGAUAAAAAUAUAAUUACGGAACAGGAGUUAAAACAACAACUGGGAGUUAAAAGAAAAACUGCAACAUCUAUGGUAUAUCAAGAAAUCAAACAACUUCUACCUGAUAUAACAGAUACAAAUUUACGUCAAAAAAUCCUUAGAGCUAAAAAAAUAUAUAAGUUAUUUAAUACAUUAGGAGUAGAAAAGAUUAAACAAGUAUCUUAUGAUGCGAUUUCAAGCCUCACUUAUCAACGAAUCCAAAAUAUUAUAGAUCAUGUGAUCUCAAAAACUGUGAAGAAUUCUUCACGAUCAGAAAAGUCUCUAUCAAAAUUACCAGAAACCGAGAUAAGUAUCUCAACCACAUCUAAUUAUACAGAUACUUCGUAUCUUGCUCUGCAAACUCAUAUCUCUAAUUCAGAAGAUAAGAUAUUUGAGGAAGUUAAAUCUUUACCGGAAACCGAGGUAAGUAUAUCUACUGAAUCUCAUGUUUCCGCUGUUUUAGAAAAAGGCAUCGAGAUAACAGCAAAGACAUAA